ACAAGCCAGACAGACGUCGGAUUGUAGCUCAUUGUAGCCAUGUGCGAUGUUUGUGGUCUGUGCGGGGAAAGCAGCGGGUUGACUUUGCUUGGUGCAUACUGUCACAUACUGUUUAGUUUUUAAAGAUGAACACAUCAAGCUCACUUUGAAACGUUACUGUUCGUGCGUAAAACGAAAUACAAUAAGCAUAUCCCCUGCAUUAAGGACACGUAGUGCAUUGUAACGCUUGUACGUGCAUUGAACAAUCUAGCAGGAUACUUUUGUAGAACCAAACCUAAGGUAAUCGAGAUGGAUCCAGCUCUGCUCAAGGAAAGGGAUGCUUUCAAAAAGAGGGCAAUGGCCACACCUGUGGUCGAAGCUCGGAAACGAGAGAGUUCAAGUAGUGCCUCAGCUCCACUGAAGAAAAAGGCGAAGCCACCGAAGCCAAAAGCGUCCGAACCGUACAACUACAAAACGUCUUCAGGAAGUUCACAGUUCAACUUCAGUAUCUUAGCAAAAAUUGUUAAACAUAUGAAGCAGAGGCAUCUAGAUGGGGACACGCAUCCACUUACAUUAGAUGAAAUCCUCGACGAAACAAAUCAGCUGGACGUGGGACCCAGACAGCGACACUGGUUGUCAACAGAAGCACUGCAGAACAAUCCAAAGGUGCAAGUAACACCCGAAGGGACAUACAUAUUUAAGCCUGCAUACAACUUGAGGGACCGCAAGAGCUUGCUGCGUCUGCUAGACAAACAUGACCAACGAGGCCUUGGGGGCAUCCUCCUGGAAGACAUUCAAGAGUCUCUGCCAAAUGCAGAGAAACACCUCAAAGUCCUUGGAGACAGCAUAAUCUACGUAACACGUCCCAUUGACAAGAAGAAGGUGCUCUUCUAUAACGACAAGUCACUGUGCUUCAGUGUUGACGAAGAAUUUCAAAAGUUGUGGAGGAGUGUGGCAGUGGAUGGAAUUGAUGACAACAAAAUUGAGGAGUACCUUCAGAAACAAGGAAUCACUUCUAUGCAGGACAUAGGUGUCAAGAAAGUGAAUCCAAUGCAGAAGAGAAAAAAGUCAACAAAAGCAAAAAAUUUCAAGAAGCACAACGACCACAUGAGCGACAUUCUUCAAGACUACUCCGAUAAAUAGAAUAAAUUUGCAUUUUAAUAUGUUUCA